AUGCCGUCGUUCAACAACGGGCUGGCUGAUGACAACAGUGCUCACGAUGUAAGCAGUCAUCCUGAUGACUUGCUGUCNGUAAGCAGUCAUCCUGAUGACUUGCUGUCUGAAGACGAGCAGGAGAAGAAGGAGGAGGAGGAGGAGGAGGGAAGCUCAUCUGAUGAAGAGGAGGAAGAAGGGGAGGACGGCCAAAGUGUCUCAGCCGAAGAGGAGGAGGAGGAGGAGGACAACCAGAGCGUCUCAUCUGAUGAGGAGGAAGAGGCGGAGGUCACCGGCAACAAGGCUGCUGCUGCUGCUGCAAGGCGAACUCUCGUAAACUCUGGCUACCUGACCGAUGAUAGCGAUGAGGAGGAGGAGCAGCAGCAGGAAGAGGUGGAGGAAACCGGCAACAAGGCCGAUGACGAUGAUGAUGAAUUGCAGCAGCAGGAGAGCAGAAUGCCGCCUUCCUCGUACAAGAGUUCGCUUAGCCGACCCUCCUCGCUCAGUGGCUCAUCUUCUCGACUCAACCUGAAGGCAAAGUCUGCCCGAAAGUCUGCUGUCAUGUCCGACUCGUCUGAUGAGGAGGAGGAGGAUGAUCACCAUCACCACCACCACAACAGUGGCUAUCAGUCGCCAGUCUACAGCAGCCCAGUGGAGGACCCUGCUGAAGAGGAGGAGGAAGAGCAUGAAGAGGAGGAGGAUGAGGAGGAUCAUCAUGAUCAUCAUGAUCAUCAUCGUCCGAUGUCACCGGCGAGUGCUUCCAGCCACUCUGACAACCAUUCGGACGAGGAGCAGGAGGAAGAGAGCGAACUCGAAGAAGAGGAGGAGGAAGAGGCGAAACCUUUGCCCCGUGGCGGCAGCUCAAGUCGUCGGCCCAAGCACAGCAAGGACUCGCUGAAGCGACGCAUUGCGAAGCACCUCGAUGAGCACAGUGCGGUGAUCCGCCCCUCUGACACCACCUUCGACUGUCGCCGGUCGAAGCGAAAUCGAUCUGCAGCACAAAAGAUGGAGAACAUCCUCAACUUGUCGAUUCACAAGAAGAAGCUCGCCAACGCCACUGCUGACUCCUCCCGUGCCGAUCCGGAGCACGUUCGCGCCUUUGCCGAGCUGGACUUUACGGAGAGCAAGAACAGCCAGGGCGUCUUCACGGUGAUGACCAAGCGGGAGGACAAGAUCGCCCUGGGCAAGCUGAAGUUCAAUCCGCGCGCGAAGAAGGUGCCCACCAAGACGGGCAACUACGUGACGCACUUCAACGUGGUGUACGGGACGCUGCUGCUGAAGGUGAACAAUGACAAG